AUGGGUGGUGGAAGCUUCUCGGAGGUGUCGGCGCUGGCCACGCUGUGGGUCAACGGCACCGCGUGGGUGUGGUGGGGCGACGGCGCCGGCCGCCUGCGCCGCGCCGCGCUCACGCAGCCCGCGCCGCCCGCGCGCGCUGAACUGCUACCCGCGUUGACACUCAUCCCUGGCGGCGCGAGCAUCCGCGGGCUGGCCAUCGACGCCCGCACACGACGACUGUACUGGUCGUGGGUGUGGACGCGCGCGCGGCCGGCGGGCUGGCGCGGCGCGUGGGCGGCGGGCGCGCGCGGCGGCGUGUCGGUGGCCACGCUGCACGCCGCACGACGCGCCACGCUGCACGCGCACGACCAGGCCGAGCCCGAUGAUAUUGUGAUACAUCCUGACACUGGCCAACUGUUCUGGUCGGACCGCGGCUCCACGCCCGGCAUCAUGACGGCAGCGGGCGACGGCAGCGCCGCGCGCUGGGUGGUGCGGCGGCGCGCGCGCCGGGUGUCGGCGCUGGCGCUGCACGCGGCGGGCGCGCGGCUGUACUUCGUGGACGCGUACUACGACACGCUGGAGAGCGUGCGGCUGGACGGCAGCGCGCGCGCGCUCGUGGCCGCCUUCGCGCUGCGCGUGCCUCGCGCGCCGCCCGUGCCGCACUACGAGCGAGACGAGCUGUCGGCGGCGGCGGUGAGCGUGCGCGCGUGCGCCCGCCUGGUGGUGUGGGAGGAGUGGGCGUGGUGCGGCGGCGCGCGCGGCCUGGCCCGCCUGCCGCGCCGCCCGCGCGUCUCUACGUCACCCGCGCCCGCGCCCGUGCCGCGCCACGACCGCACGCACGUCACCGGCCUGGCGCUGCUCAUGGAGCGACCUGCAGACGAGCCCGCGAACCCGUGCGCCCGCGCAGACGGCGGCGAGCUGUGCGAUCCGAGCGCGUUAUGCGUGCGGGGCGCGCGCGGCUUCGCCUGCCUGUGCCCCGACGGCCUGCAACCUUCUAGCGAAGGGCCCGAGAAGAAAUGCGUCUCCUCUCCGUUCGAUCGCCUCCUGCUGGAAGGCGGGGGCGGAGAGGGCGGGGCCCGCUCCAACGGCUCGUGCUCGCUGGCCUGCGGGCUCGGCAAGUGCGUCCUCGACAGUGAGGGCGUGGAGGCGUGCUCGUGCCCGCCGCUGUACGGCGGCGCACAGUGCCAGCACUUCCGCUGUGCGCGGCACUGUGCGCACCGCGGCCGCUGCUACCUCGACCCCGCGCCGCAGCCGCCCAACGCCACCGCCCCGCCGCCGCUCAAGUGCGAUUGCUUCGGCGGCUACUCGGGCCCACGUUGCGAGACGGCGCCGACGAUCGAAGCGUGCAGCGCGACGCGCUGCCACAAUGGAGGCACCUGCCACGUGGUGCGCGGCGCGCCGCUCUGCGUCUGCGCGCCAGGAUACACCGGCGCUCGCUGCUCGCAGUGCCUGGACGCGGCGGCGUGCGCGGGCGGCGCGGUGUGCCGGCGCGUGGCCGGCGUCACGCGCUGCGAGCCCGCGCAGUGCGUCGACUACUGCCUUAACCAGGGCACAUGUCACGUAUCUGGCGGCGGCGCGGGCGCAGCCGUGUGCACGUGCGCGGCGGGCUGGAGCGGCGAGCGCUGCCAGCGCCGCGCGUGCGUGGACGCCGCGUGCCGCGCGCACGCCGCGCCCGCCGGCCACGCCCCCUCCGCUGACCACGCCCCCUCGCCUGCCGACCACGCCCCCGCCGGAGCGCCUGCGCUCGACAACCGCAGCACCAGCCACGCCGCGAGUGAGCCCGCGGUUGCGGGCGAGUGCGCGCCGGGCGCGUGCGCACAGGGCGGGCGCUGCGUGCUGGCGCGCGUGGACGCGGGCCCAACGCGCGGCGUGUGCGUGUGCGCAGCGCCCUACGGCGGGCCCCGCUGUGCGCACUAUGUGGGCCACGACGACGCCUGCCGCGCGCUGGCCUGCCGCCAACCGCACGUUUGUGCAUGGAAGCCUUCGUUGAACAGCUUAGACGAGGGCACGCCGUUCUGCGCGUGCCCGUCGGGCGCUUCCUGCAUCCCUGCGGCGGUUGGCGCGGGCGCGGGCACGUGGGGCGCCGGCGCGUGGGUGGCGGCGCUGGCGCUGGCGGCGCUGCUGGCGCUGGUGGCGGCGCUGUGGCUGGCGCGGCGCCGGCGCGGCUUCCCGCACGCGCGCCUGCCCGACAACGUCGAGAUCUCCAACCCCAUGUACCUGGCCGGCGACGACGAGCCCGAGCCGGCGCCGAGACCGCCGCAGCACACGAAUGGCGGAAACCACUUUGCGAAUCCCGUAUACGAGAGCAUGUACGCACCCCAGCAGAACAUCCCCACUGAGGAGCACGCGAAUCUACUAGCGGAGGCACGCGAUGCGUCGCCGCCGCCCGAGCGCGCCGCGCUGCUGUAACCGCCGCUUUAUUACCAACACCUUUCUUCUAGGUGCAAGGCCCAAUCAUUUGGGUGACAUUUCAUUCAAGAAUGAGCCCAUAUAAUAUUACAACAUAAUCCACUCACCGACUGUAGCUCGGCUCUCGACCCGGUGGCGCUGCAUCUUAUUUCCUUACAUAUCCAAAGCGGCCACCUCUUGCCUUCUUAAUAUAGAUAUUAUUUUUACACGUUAUUCUUGUACUGUAAAUUGAAUUUCUUAUAACUAUUCGAAUCUAUCAUAUCUUCGAGACCAAAUGUGAGGGUAGUUUGAUAUUAUUAUGAUAAGUGUAGGAGUGUGUUCGUAUCUUGCGCGGCGCCUAUUAUUUUAAGUGAUCGAAUGAUUUUUGAAUAUCUUACUACAUAUUAUGUAUUCCUAUGCUGAUACCUACUUAAUAAUCAGACCACUUGUAGUUUGACAAUUUUCAUAGUUUUAUGCAAGGCGGAGUUAGCUAUCACUAUUUAUUACUGGUUAGUGAUUUAUAUAAAUCUACUUAUAAAUAACCGUGAUAUUGCUCCUGUUUAGGUUUGUAAGUCCUAUUUUAUUGUGAUUGUUUUUCACAUUAUGGAAUGUAUUUGCUAAGGCGGGCGUCGAUGGAAGUUAUUGCGCCAUUGAAAAAAGAGGCUGAUAAAAGUGACUGAGUUUCUUGCGCUGCUUCUUCUCAGCACUGGCCCGCAUAUUGUCCCGAAGCAGUGGUAGGGUUCAAGUAAUAUCGGGACACGCAAAAGUGCUUUCUAAAAGCCUUGUCAUGAAAAAAAUUAUGACUUUACUUAUUAUAUAUUGCUCAAAACACCAAAUAAAAGAUACUUAAGUGUUUACUAACCGUAAAUUGGAAUAUUUUAGUGAUGUCUCUGAAAUUAAUUUUGGCAAUGAACUAAUACUCAGUUGCAACUCUCAAAGGUAUUUGUGUCAAAAAUUGUGCCAUAUCAAAGAAUCUCUUAAUUUUAAAAUGUCGUAAGGUUGUUUUAAGAGUAUUACAAAAAGUGGCGUCGAGCAUUAAUAUUUUUAAUUGUAUAAGUACAAUAAUUUAAGUAAGUACAAUUAAUUUUACAGCGAUAUACGGCCUACAGCAAACUGAGUGUGUUAUUGUAUUCUACAAUAAUGAGUCCUAUUUUCUAAACCGUACUUCGGUAUCAAAGUGGUCACCUGAAAUUAUUCAGAGCAUGGUUUUUGUGUACACCAUUGAGGAAAAAAUGUAGGCAUGAUUACAUGACAGCUUUCUUUAUACGCGGGGAGAACAAACGGGGUUGUGUUUCUAUUUCGUCCCGUACACAUAAAUAACUUAUAUUUUCCGGUAUUUUUAAAAUCUUGACAUGUGAUUAAUAUUAUAAUUUAUUGGGAUAAGUUAGCUAUUCUUCUUCAAAAGCUUUAAUUUUGAAUAUUUUAUUUUCUAAAUCGUCACAAGGAGAGCUUACUGUAGGUUUACAAUUUAGACUUAGUAGUAAAGUUUACCUUCUACUGAUAUAAAAAUAUGAAUGUUUAUAAACACCUAAUAACGUAGUCUUAUUAUGGACCAUAUCAAGUGUAUAACGUAAUAGAUCAAAAUAAUCGUAACCCUUUAAUUAUAAUAUUAUAUUGUGAAUGCAAAAUAUUCCUUAUUCAUUUCCUGCGAAACGCUUCACAAACGACUCAUGAUCUAAAUGUAAGUAGUCUUAAGAAUAUCAAUAAAACAUUGUGAACAUUA